AUGACAUCCACCAAGUCCUCUGAUGGUCCCGAGGACGUGAACGAUUUCCUUCUGCGCAUUCGGGAACUCGGCGAACGCCGCGAUAAAGAAGAUGAUGAGCGAACCAAGAGAUUGGAGGAUGAGAUUAUGCAGGGCAGGAAAGAAAGACAGGCCCGUCGAGCUGAACGAGCACGAUCGAUAGCCGGCUCACCUACAUUAAAUCCUUUGCGACUCAGCGUUUCAUCGAUCGGACAACCCUCUAUUGAACCACCGGAGCAUCUCGAGCCGACGGUACAAACGGCAGACCCAGAGCCAGUCAGUGGAGCGAAAUCAAGCCAGGAGUCAGAGACCCUAUACACAGCGGAUUCCAGACGAGGAUCGGUUCAGGAUAUAGGCUCGGAAUCGCCACGGUCCUUGCCGCCGUUGUCACGAAGUCGGACGGGGACUUUGUCGUGGCAGCAACGUCCGUCGUCGCGUGAACUGGGUAACAGAUCACCGGGCUCGACAUCACCCACCCGAUCUAGCCACUUGCGAACAACAUCAAGCGCGUCAAAUGACAACCAACCGUCACGUGCAUCUGUCGCAUUUCCACUUUCCUCAAAAGAACCGUCGUGGUUUCGACAGACUCCGGAUCUAGGAGUUAGCUCACCCGUGUACCGUAAGCCGGAGGACGAACCAGAGAGCCAGGUUGAGCAGGACACAAGCAAUCAGAUCCCGGAGAUAAGUGAUGAGUCGGCGGCGGAGCCAGCGGAGCCAGAGAAGGUAGAGAGACCUGAAGAACGAUCUCCGUCUCCCCCACCAACGGCCUCCACUGUUGGGGAUAGCAAUUUUAGCAAUCGCUAUUCAAGCGUGUCAUCGGUUUCUCCACCUCCUGGUCUAAGAUCGCCCGAGCAAGUAACGGAAGCCCCAAAGCUUGACCCUCGACAGACUGACUCGUUCGAGGAACCAAUGCUGCCACCUUCCCCCACACAGCGACGAAUGUCACCUGAGCGUGCUCGUUCCACAUCUCCCACCAAAGGUCUUGGUGGAUUUGUUCAAAGUGCUAUGAUGCGGCGAUCAGAUAGUGUGUCAAAACGAUGGAGUGCCCAGAUUCCUCAGGGUCGCCUGAGUCGAAGCAAUUCUAUUGUCAGCAAUCGCAAUAGUGUUGCGGCUCCUAGCUUCACAGCCAGCUUCAAGCGGCCUAGCUCAAGCUAUAGUGAUGCUUCCGUGCAACCAUCCGAAAUAACUGAAAGACCUACAACCCCUUCAUUUUCAGGCAACGAUACCAUGCGCUCUGAAGGCAGCCCCACUAGACCAUCCGCAUAUGGUCACUCUAGAUCUGCCAGUUCAGUCACUGUUGACAGUAUGGGUGGUGAUGGACCCGGAAGUCCUUUCACCUCGAGAACAAUGGACCCCAGGCGCUGGAGCCCUACAAAGGCUACUUGGCUAGAGAGUGCGCUCAACCGACCUGAGUCUCGACAGCAGAAGCCCCCUCCACCACAACCACCUGCAUGGGCACAAGCGCGCCAAUCCAGAGGCAGCGUCGACAUGGGCCGUGCCAGUCCUUUCAAGGAGGUCACGCCUGUAGGCUUGAUGCGGACACCUCCACCUGGGGGUCACUUCAAAAAGCCUAGUCUAUCUGGGACACCGUCAGCUCUUGGUAGUCCCACUGCAGCCAAGAAGGCAUACCUUCCGGACACAUCGCUGGUUGCCUCAGAACCCGAGUCAGAGCUAGCAAAGACUGUGCAAGAGUCGGAGUCGGAGCCAGAGCGCAAGUUAUCCACAGUUGAGACUGUCGAGCCUGUCGAGCCUGUCGAGACCCUCGAAGAUGAAUCCAGUCCUAUGGUUAUACUUGAAGACCCGUCACCGAAAUCUCGGGGAAAACCAUCAUUGCAAUUGGAGAAGGUCCCAAAGCCUGACUCUGUUCGGAAACUCCCUCUUAUGAGCCCCAGGACCAAUUUCUCUCUUCCCACUAGGGAACCGCUACAUAGGCCCAAGCCCCAGUCUCCUGUGGUUGACUUCCGAGCAAACCUGCGCAAGCGAGAGGUUGUUCAGGACAAGGAGAAGACUCAAGAGCCGGAAUUCAAGAACAUGUUUGGAAAGCUGAAGAAGACUGAGACUCGCAACUUUGUGGCACAAGACGAGCUCAAGGGCAACAUUCUCCGAGGAAAGGCGGCAUUGAACGCUACAGGUGGUCCCAAGAAAUCGGAUCGAGUGGACGAAUUCAAAGAGAGCCUUGUAACCCAGAAAGCAGCGAUGAAGGCUGGAGGAGGUUCUAUUAGGCGGAACACUGUCGGAGAAAAGGACGAACCUCCAAAGCCAGUUGAAGCGAUCCCAGAAGCUAUUGCGAAGCGUAAUCUCAUGACCAAGACACCCAGCAUUCGACGACCGAACACCGACAUCACCAGCCCUACAGUUCCUGCUCCAGAGUUAAGCCCCUCGCGAGUCUCACAGACUUCGCGCGAGCUAGCACCUGUAUCGCCAAUCAUCACUAAGGAGGAAAUCCCCUGGGAGUUACCCCGGGACUCAUUCCAAGAAUCCUUCCCAUUCCCAGCCUCCAGUGAGCUGAAACCCGUUGAUAAAGAGCCUGAAUCCACAUCGAUUCCAGUGUUGAACCAGAAAGAUGAUGUAUUGGAGACCAUAACCCCGGUUGUGGAACCGGAACAGGAGGAAGCCUCGAACGAUGUAGCCAGCCCAGUUCGUAGCUUGCCAUCGCCACCAGUCGCCGAAGCUGCAAGCCCAGUUUUAGCCGCUAAAGGAAAGCUUGCAGGGAGAAUCAACCCUGCAUUGGCUGGUCUUCUUUCACGUGGACCGCCAGUUGCAGCCGAGGGACCCAAGAAAGAGCUGCCUUCACCAUCCGCUGGAGAUUCUUCUCCUGCAUCGCCCUCUACUCCUCUCACUCAUAUGACGAAGUCCCGUGCCAGAGGCCCCAAGAGACGGGCGCCCAAGGGAGCCUCCGCUCCCGCUGUCGAAGCUGCUGAAGAUAUUACGGAGGUUGGUGCUAUCUCCUCUCCCGAAGCCAGAAGUUUUCAGACUACUCCCGAGCCUGUAGCUUCUCCCAAACCUACUUCUGUGAAUGUUUCCAACGAAAAAGUGGUUCUCGAUACUGAAACCGCACAAACAGGAAGCCCCUACAUCCGGACACUUCAAGGAGUGAAAACCAGCUUCCAGAAUGCUCUCAACAACGGCCUAUCACAGAAACUGAGAAACUUGUCACCCACAUCUCCCCGAGAAUUCACCACCUCCGGCUCUCAACUAGAUAAGAGCCCCCCCGAAAGACACGACCCCAACAAGAGAAAUCAGCCCCUCGAAUAG